AUGUUACAGGGAGUCGGAAGCAGAUGCGGCGGUCUGAGAGGCAACGGCACAACACGGGCGGACGAGAACGCCAUCGUAGCUGCCCACAACGAACUCCGUAACAGGGUGGCCUCUGGCGCCGAGGGCCGUGGCAGUCCUGGGCCCCAGCCGUCGGCAUCCAACAUGAACGCUCUGGUGUGGGACAGUGAGUUGGCGCGUGUAGCUCAGCGGUGGGCCGAGCAAUGCCGCUUCGGCCAUGAUUCGUGCAGGGAUGUAGCACGGUUUAGCGUCGGACAGAACGUCUUCCAGUCCAGUACUACCGGGACGCCGCCAGGUCCGCAGUGGCGCAGAGCCGUCCAGGCCUGGUAUGACGAGGUCGCAUCCUUCAGCAGGAACAACGUCAACAAUUACCGAUUCAGUGCAGCAACUGGCCAUUAUUCACAAGUUGUAUGGGCUGUCACACGCUACAUUGGAUGUGGCUACACAGCAUUUACUGAACCAGGUGGCUGGACUUCACAGCUGUAUGUGUGCAACUAUGGACCAGCGGGGAAUUUCAUUGGCCAAUCUGUGUACAUCACUGGACAAAGCUGCUCCAGAUGUGCCAAUGGCUGUCAUAGCAAUUAUACUUCACUUUGUGCUUAGUGGUUAUAGUUUGUUCAAGCCUAACUACAAUGUAUCUGUGUUAUAAUAGUACUCUGUCUGGCACACCCAACUACUGUCAGCUGACAGUGGAUGUCAAAUAACAAGUGAUGGUGGUGGUGAAUGUCACAAAACAAUUCAAAUUUGUUUGUGAAAUUGUCAGUUAUUAUUCUUGUAUUGUUACUGGUAUUACUGAUUUGUAUUCUAAUCAGCAUUUGUGCUCUACAUACCUUAAACUGUU